AUGCAACGCAUCGAGCCUUACAUCCACCGCACCGUCCUGAGACGCAGGAAUUGUCCAGACAGCCCAGGACUUUCCCGCUCUUGGAUACGAGGAUUGUCAACACGAAUACAGCCCGAGGCUAUUCCGGGCCUACCUCAUAUCAUUGCAGAUGGGCUUGAUUGCACCCAACACCCCGAACACGUGCGCAAUGUGAACGAGCAGCUCGACCGUCACGGCAUUCUCAAAGUCAGCCUGCGCUUUCCAGACGAUGAAAGCCAGUAUCUUCGAAACCUAGUCAUUAGCCUCCACAGACAGCACGGCCAUGGGCUACCAAUCUCCCACAGCGCCACCAAGGGAUGGUUCUGGGACGUGCGGCCGCAAAGUACCGAUUUUCAGACGAAGGGCCACCAGGCUAGAUCGGAGACGAUGCAGGAAUUUCCCUGGCACACCGACUGCAGCUACGAGGAGUGCCCACCUAGGUUUUUUGCGCUUCAUAUCCUCCAACCGGAUCGCUGCGGUGGCGGCACGCUUUCUACUAUGAAGGUCGAAAGCUUGUGGAAAAUGCUGUCACCAAGUUCUAGGGAUCGUCUCUGCCGACCCCAAUACAAGAUCCGUAUUCCCUCCGAGUUCAUCAAGCGGCAUGGUCAGCGCCAUAUUACUGGGAGCAUCCUGGCAGUGGGUCAAAAAGGCGCCUCGACGAGGAUUCGCUUCCGCGAAGAACUGCUGACCCCGCUGAAUGAUGCGACAGAGACGGCGCUUAAUGAACUGAAGGGGAUCUUACUGGAUUUGGAGAAGGAUUCUCGGCACAUUCUGCAUCUGACCUCAGCUGAGCUUCCUCGAAACUCAAUCCUCCUGAUGGAUAAUUAUCGGUGGCUGCAUUCCCGGAAUCAAGUCCAGGACCCUGCUCGACAUCUCCGUCGGCUGAGGUGGGAUGCAACUUUGUUUGCUACGAAUCUUGAAGGCUGA